UGCGCCUGAUCAAACACUAAAUCAAUAACUGCUGAUGAGAAUGAGUUGGAAGCUACUCGGGGCACCAAGCCUUUUGUCCGUUCUAGCUCACGUAAUCUCUCAACACCUGAUGAGGCCAGUCACCAUGGUCCCAUUUCAUAAAAAGGAAGGCUCAGAGACAUUAACGUAACUGGCUCACAGGGCGACAACGCAAACUUUCUUUCGGCCUUCCCAACCCACCAUGCUAUCCCAGCUGCCCAUGACCCUCCUGACUCUGGUCUUGGCGAGGGUUCUGUUUCCCAGCUCUCCUAGGGCUGGGGUUCUGGGAAUGUGACCCUUUGCUGCAGCUGUGUUUGGAGGAGGGGACUAGGGCUGGGCCGGAGGAUGAGCAAACAGAGGCAGGAACCCAGUAAACUAGCAACUCCUCUUCAGUUCGAGUCUUUUCUCAGGCAGGACGGCGAGACUCCGGAAGCUCCGAGCCCAGCUUGCCAGGCGCUCUGCCAGAGGCCUGCCAUGGCACCCCUGAGGCCCUUUCUCAUACUGGCCCUGCUGACAUGGGUUUCCCUGGCUGACCAAGAGUCAUGCAAGGGCCGCUGCGCCGAGGGCUUCGUGGCCAACAAGAAGUGCCAGUGUGAUGAGCUCUGCAGUUACUAUCAGAGCUGCUGUGCUGACUACAUGGCACAGUGCAAGCCCCAAGUGACUCGGGGGGAUGUGUUCACUAUGCCCGAAGAUGAGUACUGGAACUAUGACUACCUGGAGGGGACCAAGAACGACACCAGCACCCUUGUACAACCAGAGAACACUCCUCUAUACCCUGACCGACAGCCCCAAACUGAAGGGGCUUCAAAGCCAACAUCUUUCCUAAAGCCCAAGGAACAGGCUCCAACACUGGAGGCAAGCACCUCAGGGCCAGAAGUGGGGUACCAGGAGGUGAGCCCAAGGCCUGAUACCACUGAUCAAGGGACCUCUGACUCCCCAGAGGAAGAGCUGUGUAGUGGGGAGCCCUUUGACGCCUUCACGGACCUCAAGAACGGUUCCCUCUUUGCCUUCCGAGGGCAGUACUGCUAUGAGCUAGAUGAAACGGCAGUGAGGCCUGGGUACCCUAAGCUCAUCCGAGAUGUCUGGGGCAUCGAGGGUCCCAUUGACGCUGCCUUCACUCGCAUCAACUGUCAGGGGAAGACCUACCUUUUCAAGGGUAGUCAGUACUGGCGCUUUGAGGACGGUAUUUUGGACCCUGGCUAUCCCCAAAACAUCUCUGAAGGCUUCAGCGGCAUACCAGACAAUGUUGAUGCGGCUUUCGCCCUUCCUGCCCACAGCUACAAUGGCCGGGAGAGGGUCUACUUCUUCAAGGGGAAGCAGUACUGGGAGUAUGUAUUCCGGCAGCAGCCCAGCCAGGAGGAAUGUGAAGACAGCUCUCUGUCAGCUGUGUUUGAGCACUUUGCCCUGCUUCAGCGCGACAGCUGGGAGGACAUCUUUGCACUCCUCUUCUGGGGCAGACCCUCUGACGGUGUCAGAGAACCCCAAUUCAUCAGCCGGGACUGGCAUGGUGUGCCAGGAAAAGUGGACGCUGCUAUGGCUGGCCGCAUCUACAUCGCAGGCUCUGCACCCCACUCCCUGCAGGCCAAAAAAAAGAAGUCUAGGCGUCGCAGCCGAAAACGCUACCGUUCACGCAAGGCGGGUGGCCGCGGCAGCCGCAGCCGCAGCCGCAGCCGCAGCCUGAACUCCCGUCGCUCAUCGCGUUCACUCUGGUUCUCUUUGAUCUCUAGUGAAGAGAGCGGGCUAGACGCCUACAACUAUGAUUAUGAUAUGAACUGGCUCGUACCUGCCACCUGCGAGCCCAUUCAGAGCGUCUAUUUCUUCUCUGGAGACAAGUACUACCGAGUCAACCUUAGAACACAGCGAGUGGACUCUGUGAACCCUCCCUACCCACGCUCCAUUGCUCAGUAUUGGCUGGGCUGCCCAGCCCCUAAAAAGUAGGAGUCAGAGCCCACACAACAGAGCCUGGAGAAACUCAUCCUUCAGCCUUUUCCUCCCAGCCCAAUAAAGUCUGUUGGCCCUCGGGGCUGGAGAGAUGGCUCAGAGGUUAAGAGCACUGGCUGCUCUUCCAAAGGUCUUGAGUUCAGUUCCCAGCAACCACAUGGUGGCUCACAACCAUCUGUAAUGAGAUCUGGUGCCCUCUUCUGGCCUGCAGGGAUAUGUGCAGGCAGAACACUGUAUACAUAAUAAAUAAAUAAAUCUUUAA